AUGUCCAACGCAGAGGACCUGAACCGGCUCACUGCCUGCUCCCUCGUGCUGCUAGGCCACAUCUUCUAUGUGUUGGGGAACCACAGGGAGAGUAACAACAUGGUGGUGCCUGCCAUGCAGCUGGCCAGCAAGAUCCCAGACAUGUUGGUGCAGUUGUGGUCAUCAGCUUUGCUGCGAGGUGAGUAUAGCAGCCAGCCCUUCCCAGCGAUCAGGGCUGCUGGGCAGAGCCUCAGGCUGGAGCAUGCCAGACCUGAACAAAGCCUGCGGGAAUGCCAUGGACGCCCACGAAGCUGCCCAGAUGCACCAGAACUUCUCGCAGCAGCUGCUCCAGGACCACAUCGAGGCCUGCAGCCUCCCUGAGCACAACCUCAUCACGGUGU